GUGAUGAAUAGAGGCGUGUUGGAAAGUUCGCCAGUUCAACAGUUGAUGGCUCCCGGAAACCCUAAUUGGUGGAACGUAAGCGGCGGCAUGAGGCCACCACAACCGUUGAUGGGUCAUCAACAUGGGCCGUUGCCGCCACAAAUGAUUCCUAACAAUUAUGCCCGACCACAAAUGAUGCCAACUCUCUUGCCGCCCUUCAUGCCAUAUCCGGCAACUUCUUCUUCGUCUUCCUCGUCGCCGUCUUUGCCUAAUAACCCUAAUCUCUCUUCUUGGCUCGAAAGCAAUGAUCUCCCACCUGAGUCUUGGAGCCUUAGCCAACUUCUUUUGUAA